AUGAUUUAUCCUGGUAACUCCAGCUACCCUAACGCAAGUCAAUCGGUCGGCCCGCGUCCUGAACUGGAACCGAGAUACGCCGUGACUCUUCGCCUUACCUUAAGUGCUAUCAUCUGCUCGAUUGGAGUUGUGGGUAAUAUUUUGGUUGUCAUCAUCACAGGAGCAAACCACGGUGGUAAAACCGCUGUACACAAGUACAUCCUCAACUUGGCUAUCGCAGAUAUCAGUGUACUGGCAAUUUGUUAUCCGCUUACUCUUGUGAAAGCCGCGGAUCCUGAAAACUGGCCGCUCGGAAGGUUUGUAUGCAAGUUUGUGUACCCGUUUACGGAUAUCUUCUACAGUGCUUCCAUUGGCUCCAUCGUUGCCAUAGCAAUGGACCGCCACACAGCAAUCGUUCGUGGAAUGACAGCGUACAGGUCGAGGACGAUUGCUAAAUGGGUGAUCCUGGCGAUUUGGAUUGCAAGCUUCAUGAGUUCCGUGUUUCCAGUUUACUUGGUGAUGGAAUACAUAGAGAACAAUGGUACAGUUGACUGUACUCCAAAGUGGCCAAGUCACACCACUUUUGCCGCUUACGUGUUUUCUUUAACGAUUUUUUGGUACGUUAUACCGCUGUUCUUGAUUCUCUGGGCAUACCGGCAGAUCGCGUGCAAAAUUCGCGACAGCAAAAUACUCCACCAAAAAAUGCACAAUAUGGUUGGCUCUUACAAGAGAGAAAGGAAGAAGAAAUUCGAAACUGCAAACACCAAAGCUCUUAAAAUCCUCGUGCCGGUGGUGAUUGUCUUUGCUAUAACUAUGUUUCCCUUUCAUCUUCUUCAAGUAGUCAGAGUUUUCGUUGACGUGGGUCACAUGAAAUACAUUUGGGUCGUGUAUAACAUAUUUAUUACUCUGAUGCUGACAAACAGUGCUGCAAAUCCGAUUAUUUACUCCCUUGUGAGCGAGGAGUUUCGGCAACAGUUCAAAAACAUUUUGAACUUUAAAUGUCAGCGUCUAUGCCUCGAGCCGAGGAAAAAACAUGAUGCAUCUAUCACAUAUCGAUAUUCUCUUUCAGCAACUGCGCCUCCACCAAAUCCUGAUCGAGAGACAGAUGUGUAA